AUGAGUAGAAAAUACACGGUAUCUAUCAAAAUUGAAAUAUAAGACAUAUGCAGCUCAUUGGUUUUUUAGUCAACAGACCCCCGCCCUACGUGGAACCUAAAAGGGAAACAAUUAUAAUAAUUGGAAGAUAACUCGUACACAAUUGAUUUUAUUAACAUACAAGAGUUUUCUCUCUUUAAUAAUUCGCAACUGCGUCUAAAAAUCUGCAUGUAGUUUUGAAUGUUUUGCGUCUUGAGCAUGCGCAUCAUCCAUUUUCACUAUCGGCCAAUAUGGCGCCCAAUAAUACAAAAGUUUUUGUGUUUUGAUUACAAUUGUGAAAAAAAGAACAAUAAGUACGCCGUGUUUGACAUCGAUUUGAUAAUAUACGAAACAACUAUGCCCCGGAGACGUACAGAGAAACGUGCAUCGACCGAGAAGUAAAUCCUCGCAGACAAACUGGCCAGAUUGACCUCCCUGUAUAGAAAAGCCAAGAAUAUCAAAUGGCUGAAGUAAGAAGAUUUGGUGGCAAAACUUAUGGCAAAUCUCCAAAUGAAGAUUCUGCUGCGAGCAAAGCGUUUGAUGAAGUCUUUGCAAAACCCAAGCAAGCCAAAUGGGGCAAUGUGUCUUAUGUAAAGCAAAGAGAUGAUGGCAAGAAUUCUGAAAAAGAACAGCUGCAAGAAGAGGAUAAAGAUCCAUUCAGUUUUGAGACAGAUACUGAUAGAUCUCCCAAAAAAAGACAGCCCAAACCCUCUCGUACAGUUGUAUUACAGCCAGCUGUUCGGAUGACACCUCCACUGACCAAGUCACCUGGAAAACCAUCUUCUGUUAAGUCAGAACUUGAUGACAACGUUGAUGAUGAAUUUACUGUUAAAAAGGUAAAUGUCCAAACAUACUCAAAGUCAUCUGGAAGGAAAAUUAGGACAGAAUCACCAGAUGUUACUGUCGUAAAAGAUGAGAAGAUAUCAAAGCGAGAAAAAGACUCCACUCUAGUGGUUCCUAAAAACACAGAAUCUGUGGAUCUAGAUGAUGCAGAUGAAGGACUGUACAUCGAACCUGAUGAUGGAUCUUCAAAUGCCAGUGAAAUACCUGCAGAGUGCAUUAUUACUAAAGUUGAAGAAAACAUAUUCAAUAGGCCUAGAAAAUAUACUAGUCAGAAUGUUACUAACAAAGAUGGUGAUGAGGUUAUGGUGCGAUUCCGUAGCCAAUAUCUUAAUCCUGAAGUUUAUUCAAAAUUCACUGAAAACAUUCAACCCAAGGACCCAGUAGGUAGUCUUUCAAAUAGUAAAGUUGUGCAUAAGAAUGUGCUGAAACAUGAUUCAGGGACCACAUUAAUUGUUGUGUGUUCUCCAAAAGUUGCUGAUUCAGAAAUAAAGCAGUCAAACACUCAAUCAAAGUAUUUUAAGAAUAAUGUUAAAGAUCUCGCAAAAUCCAAAAACAAGCCAGUUGAAAAGCUAACUAAAAAUAAGAGGGGUAGCAAGACACCAGAUAAAGAUCCUUUUGAAAUGGAUGAAGAUACAAAGGAAACCACAAAUUCCAAAGAUAACAGUUCUGUAAAAAAGGAAUCAGAAUCUCCCAUUCCAAGUUCAUCUGACAUUGAAAAGAGUUCACAAGAAACCUACACAACUCGUAGUGGCAGGGUUAAAAAGCAUGUCCACUAUGAAGAGCCAAAAGAAGAGCCAAUCGAUGUUGACGACAUUGUUACAAAGGUCAAAACUGCACCUCCUCGGAAAUAUCAUAAAAUAUUUCGUUCUCGGAACAAGGGUUACAUGGACCCAAAUGCAGAGCCUGAGACCCCUUCUCCACCUAUUAAGGCCCCUGAUAUACCUAAAGCUGUUAUGCCGAAAACUCAAAAGAAAGGAAAGGCUCCUGCUGUUAAUCAGCCAAACUCUAUCGAAAGUCCAAAGUCGAAUGGAGAAUUGCCUGCUGAAGCUUUCAAAAAUGAAGUGCUAGAGACAGAAACAGCUAUGGAAGUAGAGACACCACAACCUAGCAGCCAGGAGACAGAUGAGGCUGUCAUUAAAUCAGAAGAGGUGACUGAAAGCGACAUAGACAGCUCUCAAACAACCAGUGUUGCCGAUAGCCAGGAGACAGAGGCAGAAAUCUCCUCUCAGGAAUUCACUGAACCACAGCCCAAGAAAGCAAGGAUGGUAAAGACACCGCCAGCAGAACGAAAAAUAUUCAGGGCUAGAGGAACCAAAAGUGAAAAUGCUGGUGCUCAGAAAAAGAUCUUUUCAAGUCCUAAAAAGGCAGCAGCUGUGUACAAUGUGAGAUCAUGGCAGGAUAAUGAAGAGGGCAUGGCUAUGCCUGACAUUUCAGAUGCGAGUGUGGGCAUGACAGACAUGUCACCCCCUGCACCACCAGAACCACCCAAGUUAAAGCCUGCUGUGAAGAAGGCCGUCAGUCUUCCUGCGCGAGUGAGUCAGCCAGAGAUGCCAAGACUGACCCGGGCUGUGCACUGGCAGAAACAUGAUGAUGAUGAUGCUUACACAUCUGUACACGUCAGCAAGGAGCAUAAGGAUCUUUUCACAGUGGUUAAGAACGUGAAGGAAGCCCAUGAGUGCCAGGAGCACGGAGAGACCCAGGAGUUUGAUGAUGACAUUGAGUACCUCCUGGCCGGUAUUGAGUCCAUCGAACCAAUGUCCACUAGGUGCCUUAGUUGUGUGGGUCUGGCCCAGAAGUGCACCAUUCCAGCAUUCCGGAUGCACCUUAGGGCCCACGGCACUGUCACCAAGAUAUUUGGAUGCCUGCAAGACGCUGCUAGUGACCCUAGUCUAGCGCUGUGCACCUCAGCACUGAUGUUUAUGUUGAGCCGUGACCGGCUGAACAUGGACUUGGACCAGGAGAGCCUCAACCUGAUGCUGCGGCUGCUUGGCGUGGACCAGCAAGAGGACAUGGCAACAACGCUCAGCUCCACCGCCGAGAGGGCGCUCAAGCGGAACAAGGACCGCGUGCUGGAGGUCUACAAGGAGUUCCUGCAGCAGUCUGGAACCAAGCAGGAACUGGAUAUUGAGUGUUUAUCAACGGGCAAUCUGGCAAUGGAGUCGUUGUUGAGCCUCACAUCUCGUCGGGCUGGUGAGUGGUUCAAGGAGGAACUAAGGACACUGGGAGCCCUCGACCACAUUGUGGAUACAGUGUGUUCAUGUAUAGAAGCCAUUGGUGUGAAUGUGAGUGUUCUGACCAACAGCAAUAUUGAAAAUCUGAAGAAGGUGGAUAGAUGUCUCAGGGUCAUGGAAAAUGUGACGUACAUGAAUGCUGAUAACCAGAAUUAUUUGAUAGCCUACAAAGACUCUGUGUUAAUUCCAUCACUUGUCAGGUCGCUGGGUGCAAGCCGUGUGUGCCUGGCCAUCUACCCACUGGUGGAGGACCCACAGAGCCACAAGGUGGACAAGGAGUCCUUCGGCUGGGUCAUCUACAGCUGCAUACUGGCCGUCCUCAGGGUCCUGCUUAACCUCACACACGAUAAUGACACAGGUUGUACAAAGAUUGGAGAACAGAGCUCUGCCAUUGAGACGGUUCUGCUCUGCAUCCUGACCUUACCACAGCACAUACCAGUGGACCUGAGAUUUGACCUUUAUGUGCUGGCGCUUGGUUUGCUUAUCAACCUGGUGGAGCACAGUGAUGGUAACAGGGUGGCCUUGCUCACAAUGAAGACUCAGUGCAUGUACGAGCAGGACUCGAACUCAGACUCACAGAUGCUGGCCUAUCUUUCACUGGUUGAGGUGUUCAAGAAGCGGGAGGAAGCUGCCCAGAACCUUGAGGAGGCUGACGAGCCCAAGACGCCUGAGACCUCACCCAACAAGAGCGGGGAGUGGCGCGAGUCAGACUCCGGCAUGGAGUGGAUCGUUGACUCGGCCAAGAAGAGCUCAGCUCGUAAGCCGGGACGACCUGGAGACGACAAUAAGGAAAAGGAUCUAGAAGAUGAGGAAACAUUUACUAAAGCCCUUCACAAGGCAGGCAAGCACAUGGAGAACAGUAUUGUAGCAGCGUAUGUAGCCCUGCUAGUGGGCUGCCUCAUUCAGGAUAAUCAGGAAUGCAAGGACACGAUCAAAAGUCGCCUUCCUGAUAACAAAUUUGACGGAAUGAUCUUCAUGUUGAAAAAAUUCCUUGGGUUCAUGAACCUGACAAGUGGAACUGAGUCCGCUGGAGGCAAAUCCAUACAGCGUGUGAUAGAGAUCCUUGAAACAUAACCCAAUCAUGUGACACUGUAUGGUAGUGAUCCAUACAGCGUGUGAUAGAGAUCCUUGAAACAUAACCCAAUCAUGUGACACUGUAUGGUAGUGAUCGUUUGGAACUAGUAUAAUCUGAACAAUUAGUUUUGCUAAAAAUGUGGAACUUUGCGGUUGGGAGCUUUCUUUGAUUCUGUAUAUUGAACUCCAGUGCUUGCAGUGAGAACCAGGGUCCAAUGCUUGCAUGCUGGUUACACAUUGAUACAGCAAAAAAUGACAAACAACACACAAAAUGGUGGUCAUUUUUCUGAACUCGGUGUUAGAAAUAAACUACGGCACAUACAGUGAAUCUAGAACUAUAGUAAAACUGAAUAUUUGUCAUGUGUAUAUAAUUGAUUGUUAGUAGCUGAAUACAAUUAAAGACACUGAUUGUAAAACAGUUAUUGUCACUAUUUUGUUAUCAUUAUUAUUUGUAAAAUAUUUAGAUAAAGUCUAAACGUAAAGUUCAGGGAUGAUAAAAAUCUAUGUUAUUUUUUGUGUAUGAAACUGUAUAUUCCUGUCAUAGUUUCUCAUUUUAGCGUAUGUUUUGGGAUUCUGGUAGAUUUUCCUUUGGCUAAGACUGUUACUCGGGAGGAAAGGAAGACCGCUAUUGAUUGUGAGGGAAAAGGUCAUGGUCACAAUGGCUUGUCACAGUACGUUUGUUUCAACACAAUAUCUUGAAAGUUCUAUAAUCUAUUAUCAUGCAAAUUUGUAUAGUGAUAACUAUGUAUAGUUGAAAGGGAAGAUGCCUAUUGAUUUUGAGGUAACCAUUUAAAAGUUACAGGUCAUAGUGGUUUGUAACAAGAAAUUCAUCUGUGCAGUAUAUUUUGAGUACAAUUUGACCCAAUGCUCAUGCAAAUUGGUAUAGUUGUUUUCUGGAAGUAAAAGACCUUAAGUUUAAAGUAAUCAGGUCAAAUGUCAAGGUCACAAGGGCUUUAUCCUGUAAUUUGUUUAUGCACAAUAUCUAGCAUUUGGUCAUCUUAGAGGCUAUGCUGGUUACUCUGGAUGAAAGAAGGAUUCCUAUUCAUUUUGUGGUCAACAUGUCAAAGAUCAAGGUCAUAAGGGGUUGUAACAUUAACACUGCUUCUACAAUUGGCAUACGCAUUUUGUGCAAUUAUCAGUUGGACCAACAGUGCCCCAAUUCGUAUUAUUUGAUCAGCCAUUUCAAAAUGCAUGUUUAUGUUAACAAGAGUAGAUGUUCUUUAUUAUUAAUACAUGUUUUCUGCAUGUUCAUGUAUAACAAUAUAAUAUAAUACAAAAUCAAAGACUUUUGCGGGAGUGUUUUAAAUACGCCAGCAAAAGUCUUUGAUUUUGUAUUUUACUCAUCAGCUAAAAAAGUCAUGAGUGAAAUACUCUUUAUUUUAAAAAAUUAUCUGGAACUCUGAUGUUGGCUAGGCUUUGGGAAGGAUGACUCAAUAUGAUUUCCAAAUUAAGAUAUCUGUCUCGGUCACAGUGACCACUUUGCUUCAAGUUGUUUAAUGUAUGGUCAUGAAUUAUCAUAAUUGAAACCUUUGUAUCAAUCAAUAUGCAUCCAUCAACUUUCUUUUAAGCUCACCUGAGCACAACAUGCUCAUGGUGAGCUUUUGUGAUCACUUUUUGUGCGUUGUGCUGCGUCAACAUUUGCCUUGUUAACUCUCUAGAGGCCACAUUUAUUGUCCAAUCUUCAUAAAAUUUGGUCAGAAGAUUGGUUUCAAUGAUAUCUUGGAUGAGUUCGAAAAUGGUUACGUUUGCUUGAAAGACAUGGCUGCCAAGGAGCGGGGCAUUUUUCCGUAUAUGGCUAUAUAUGGAUACAGUAAAAUCUUGUUAGCACUCUAGAGGCCACAUUUAUUGUCUGAUCUUCAUGAAACUUGGUCAGAUAUUCAUCCCAAUACUAUCUUGGAUGAGUUCGAAAAUGAUGCCGGUUGGUUGAAAAAAAUGGCCGCCAGGGCGCGGGGCAUUUUUCCUUAUAUGGCUGUAGUAAAACCUUGUUAACACUCUAAGAGGCCACAUUUAUUUUCCAAUCUUCAUGAAACUUGCUCAGAAGAUUUGUCCCACUGAUAUCUUGGAUGAGUUCAAAAUAGUAACCUUUGCUUGAAAAACAUGGCUGCCAAGGGGUGGGGCAUUUUUCCUAAUAUGGCUAUAUAUGGCUAUAGUAAAAUUUUGUUAUCACUCUACAGGCCACAUUUAUUGUCCAAUCUUCAUGAAACUUGGUCAGAAGAUUCAUCCCAAUAAUAUCUUGGACUAGUUCGAAAUGAUGCCGGUUGGUUUAAAAACAUGGCCGCCAGGGGGCGGGGCAUUUUUCCUUUUAGGGCUUUAUAUAGUAAAACCUUGUGAACACUCUAGAGGCCACAUUUAUUGUCCAAUCUUGAUGAAAUAUGGUCAGAAGAUUUGUCUUAAUGAUAUCUUAGAUGAGUUCGAAAAUGGUUUUGGUUGCUUUAAAAACAUGGCCACCAUGGGCGGGGCAUUUUUCGUUAUAUGGCUAUAUAUGGCUAUAGUAAAACCUUGUUAACACUCUAGAGGCCACAUUUAUCGUCCAAUCUUCAUGAAAUUUGGUCAGAAGAUUGGUUUCAAUGAUAUCUUGGAUGAGUUCGAAAAUCAUUGUUUGCUUGAAAAAAAUGGCUUCUAAGGGGCGGGGCAUGUUUCCUUAUAUGGCUAUAGUAAAAUCUUGUUAACACUCUAGAGGCCACAUUUACUGUCCGAUCUUCAUGAAACUUGGUCAGAAGAUUCAUCCCGAUAAUAUCUUGGACGAGUUUAAAAAAUGAUGCCCGUUGGUUGAAAAACAUGGCUGCCAGGGAUUGGGGCAUUUUUCCUUAUAUGGCUAUAGUAAAACCUUGUUAACACUCUAGAGGCCACAUUUAUUUUCCGAUCUUUGAGAAACUUAGUCAGAAGAUUUGUCCCAAUAAUAUCUUGUUAUCUCAGGUGAGCGACUUUGGGACUUUCAGGCCCUCUUGUUCAUUUGUAGGACUUGUUUACCUCAUUUAUCUUGUGUUUCACCUUGAGGAAAUAUACAAAUCAGCAUUGUGUAAGGCAUAACAAUGCAAAUAAUGUUCACUGACAUUGCAAUACACUUCAUAUAAAUGCUUCAUGCAUAAUUUGAAAAAAGAAUCAUUAAUGAUAGAUGGGGCAUUUUGUUUACAACUUGAUCAACUCAUCAAUUAUCCAGUUUGUAAUGGUAAUAAAUUACAUAUCAUAAUUAUAAUCUUGCUUGCUUUGGGGCAUGUUCAUUUUUAAUGAAUUGACUGAGAGUUUCUCUUGCAAUUUUGUGAUCCAUAACUUAAUUUUUUCAAGAUGUGCAUAAGGGUCGAAAUCCAUGCAAUAAUAUUUGUAAGCAGUUUGAUUUUGUAUAAAUUUGCAGUCAGAGCUUUACUUUGCUAUGAGAUACGAAAAAACAGAAUUGGUGUAACCUUAUAAAAGUUUUACGUAAUUUUAUUAAUUUUGGCAAUUGAAGAGGUCAGAUCAAAUGCUGUAGACUUUGUUUAAACAAAAUGUUAUUUGGGAAAAACUUGCAGAUGUAUAAGAAAGAAGUGUCCAAAUACCAAGUUAUGCUUCCAAUUUGUGUAGAAAGCAGAGUUUUUAAUUACAUGCAAUAUUCUGAAAACAAUAAUUGAACUUUUUGUCUCCCUUGAGCUUUGUGAGGUGUUCUAGGUGUUAUUAGUGCAUCAAGACUGACCUUACAACAACAAACAUUCACUCAUAUUAUGUCAGUUGUAAUAAAAAAUGCACCACAAAUUUUGUUCACAUGUUAAAAUCUCUUUGAAAUGAAUAUGCAUAGUCAUAUGUGAUGGCUUUAACUUAUUGUCAAUUUCUCUGACAGACCAAGAUACAAAUAAAUUUCAAAUUGAGAUCGUUCACAUCAGAUGUCAUAUGAUUUUCAUGGGGAAUAAAAUAUAGCUUUGUUGGGCUAUUAAAACCAUGCUUUUUUCAUAAAUUGCUAUGACACAGAAGUAUAACAUAUAUUAAUUCUGAAUUAAAAGCAACUUUUUGUAAUCUUAUGGUAAUCGCAUAUUUAAUCAAACAUUUAAGUUGGUUUGUUGCAAUUAGAAUGAAAUAAAAUUUAUGGUUUGUGAAUAUCAGCGUUAAUUACAAGAAUUAUCAGAUUAGAUAUUUACGAACUAACCAUAUUUCACCUUUAUGUGCAUCAUCUUCCAUGCAUUGAAAGGUUCAAAUGCAUACCUAUGAAAUUCUUUCAUGUCUGAAAUUUUAUUAACUGGAUUUCUUCUGAUAAUGUUAUAAAUUAAGUCAGCAUUUUACUGUAUUUUGCAAUACUCUAAAAAAAAAUAUAAUAAGAAAAAAAUGUAUAUAAUAUGAGCCUUUCUCUGUGAAAAAGAUGGUUAAUGCAUGAGCGUUAAGUGUUAUUCCAGAUAAGCAUGCGCAGUCCGCACAGGCUAAUCAGGGAUGACACUCUCCGCUUUAAAAAGAGUUUUGCUAAGAAGUGACUUUCUUUAAACAAAAAAUAUAAAAAACGGACUGCACAGGCUAAUCUGGGAAGACAAUUUACGCACAUGCAUUUAACCCCUUUUUCACAGUGCAAGGCUCAUAAGUGAAUGUUAACAACGAAAAAAAUAAUGCUUUCUGAAACCAAGGCUCUUUGGAACAUGAAUCAUAUUUAGAAAAUGCCAUGGAUAAAUUUCUUGAAAUUUGCCACCAUUAGUUAGUGUUCAUCAGAACUGAAAAUUUAUAUCAAGUAAAACCAUUUAAGUUUUGCUGAGUUUAUUACUCUAAAAUAACAAGAUCAGUUGGUUCAAGUUGCCAUUAAUAAUUUCAGUUAAAUUAAGGGAAGCUUAUGUAUUUAGAUGCCUACUGGGGGACUCAUGAAGCAAUAUUUACGGUAAUUCAAACCUUGCCAUUUUUUAUAGUAAACAGUUUUUUUUGCUGAGUGCAGCACUUUGAUCCUUGCUUUUUAUGUCGGUAAUUAAAGACAUUAAUAGGUAGUAAAAGAAGAGUUAUUGCACAUUCUUAAUUAUCGCUUAGAUUAAUCUCUUUUCUUUAAUCCCAAAAUGAAUGUUUUCUUGAAGUAGAUGCUCAAUUACAUCUCAUAACAUAUAAAUAGAAUGCAUUUGCUGUUGUAAUAUAUUAUAUUGAAGAAUUGCUGCAUUAAAAGUGUACUGAGGUAAUGUUGAAAUGAAAAAAAAAAACAGCGUUUGUUUGUGAUCUAUAAGGAAUACCAUGAUUUUUUAUAAGCUAACGUGUUCUUAGAUCUUUCAUCAUAUCAAGUUCAGAGCAGGUAAAAAUUUAAAAAAAAAAGAUUUUAUUGACUACAGUUUUUCAAUCAUGUUUAUAUUUUUAUAAUUUUAAACCGGGUGAUGUUAACUUUUUUCCUUUUUCAUUUUUUGUUCUAUUUAUAUUAAACUGGUGUAUUGAAAGUUUUUUGCUUCAAAGUUUUAUUCUAAUAUAGGCUUAGAUUUUCACUACCACAUUUACAUUAAUUAUUUAAGGCCUUAUAAUUCUGUGUCAAGUAUGGGUCACUACACUCAUUUCACAAAAUUAUGGACUCUUGGUAAUAUUGCAUUUUGCCAUUUUCAAAAUAUCAGAAGUGACAUUGUGAUGCAAAUAGGUGUUUAAAAAGCCUCAAGUGUGUUGUUUUCAGUGAAAUGGACAAUUAAACCAACAACUUGUUAUUUUUUCCAGUAAGUCACUGAUUGUUGGGCUAAAACAAAUAAAAUGUAUGGAAUUAAGCUUUGUUACUUUAUAUCCAUAUUUAAGUAUAUAUUUAUGUUUAGAAACACAUUUAUUUCUAUCCCCUUUAUCAGGUAGAGACAUGUAGUAAUUGAUUUGUAGUAUUUUUCAAGCCAUUAAUUUAUUUUUAUGUUGGCUGUAAUUGUUGUCAUGGAGUUUUUAGCUCACCUGAGCACAACAUGCUCAUGGUGAGCUUUUGUGAUCGCCUUUUGUCUGUCGUGCGCCGUCAACAUUUUGCCUUGUGAACACUAGAGGCCACAUUUAUUGUCUGAUCUUUAUGAAAUUUGGUCAGAACAUUUGUCCCAUUGAUACCUCAACUGAGUUUGAAACUGGGUCAUGCUGGGUCAAAAACUAGGUCACUAGGUCAAAUAAAAGAAAAACCUUGUGAACAAUGUAGAAGUCACAUUUGAUGCCCAAUCUUCAUGUAAUUUUGUCAAAAUGUUUGUCUUAAUGAUAUGUUGGUUUAGUUCAAAAUUUGGUUCCGGUCCGUUGAAAAAACAUGGCUGCCAGGGGGCGGGGCAGUAUUCCUUAUAUGGCUAUAGAGAAAAACUUGUGAACACUCUAGAAGUCACAAUUUUUGCCCAAUCAUCAUGAAACUUAGUCAAAACAUUGGUUUCAUUAAUAUUUGACAAGUUCGAAAAUGGUCCAGAUCGGUGGAAAAAAAAGGCCGCCAGGGGGAGGGGCAGUUUUCCUUAUAUGGCUAUAGUAAAACCUUGUUAACACUCUAGAGGCCACAUUUAUUGUCCAAUCUUCAUGAGAUUUGGUCAGAAGAUUGGUCUGUAUGUUAUCUUGGAUGAGUUUGAAAAUGGUUACGUUUGCUUGAAAAAUAUGGCUGCCAAGGGGCGGGGCAUUUUUCCUUAAAUGGCUAUAGUAAAACCUUGUGAACACUCUAGAGGCCACAUUUAUUGUCCAAUCUUCAUGAAAUUUGGUCAGAAGAUUGGUCUCAAUGAUAUCUUGGAUGAGUUAAAAAGGGUUACGUUUGCUUUAAAAACAUGGCUGCCAAGGGGCGGGGCAUUUUUCCUUAUAUGGCUUUAAUAAAAUCUUAUUAACACUAUAGAGGCCUCAUUUAUUGUCCGAUUUUCACGAAACUUGGUCAGAAGAUUCAUCCCAAUAAUAUCUUGGACAAAUUAAAAAAUGAUGUUGAUUGGUUGAAAAACAUGGUCGCCAGGGGUGGGGCAUUUUUCCUUAUAUGGCUAUAGUAAAAUCUUGUUAACACUCUAGAGGCCACAUUUAUUUUCCGAUCUUCAUGAAACUUGGUCAGACGAUUUGUCCUAAUGAUAUCUUGGAUGAGUCAAAAAUGGUUUCGGUUGAUUAAAAACAUGGCCACCAGGGGGUGGGGCAUUUUUCCUAAUAUGGCUAUAUAUCAUGCUUUUGUAAAACCUUGUUAACACUCUAGAGGCCACAUUUAUUGUCCGAUCAUCAUGAAACUUGGUGAGAUGAUUUGUCCCAAUGAUAUCUUGGAUGAGUUCAUAAAUGGUUCCGGUUGGUGGAAAAACAUGGCUGCCAAGAUGGCGUGGCAUUUUUCCUUAUAUAGCUAUAGUUAAACCUUGUUAACACUUUAGAAGCCGUAUUUAUUGUAUACUCAUCAUGAAACUUGUGUCGAGGAUUUGUCCCAAUGAUAUUUUGGACAAGUUCCAAAAUGGUUCCAGUUGCUUGAAAAUCAUGGCCACCAGUGGACGGGGCAUUUUUCCUUAUAUGGACUGUUAAAAAACGUGGCUGCCAGGGUGUUCACUAGUCAUGAAAGUUGGUAAGAACAUUUUGUUCUAAUGACAUCUUGGGCUGCACAGAACAGGUCAGUUCCUUUGAAUCUCAGGUGAGCGACUUUGGGCCUUUCAGGCGCUCUUGUUUCUGUUUGUAUCAUAUUGCUUCCUAUUGUUUACAGCAAUGUUCUUGUCCGUCUAUCCCUUUGUGCUAGUCAGAUUAGCCUUUACCAUUUAGUCUUAACACUUUGCAUGCUGGGAAAUUUGUUGUCUGCUAAAAUGUCGUCUGCUGAAUUUAUAAAAUAAGCAUUUUCUUCGCUUUUUUUCAAAGAAUACCAUCAGAAUAGCAAACAGUUUGGAUCCUGAUGAGACGCCACGUUCUGUGGCGUCUCAUCUGGAUCCAAACUGUUUACAAAGGCCUUCAAAAUCCGGUUCCAGCGCUUAAAGGGUUAAGCAAACAAAGAUUUCUACAUCUUGUUAAUAAAUUAGUUUCUACAGUUGUUGCUAAUGACAGCUCCCCAUCCACCCAUGUAACCUUACUACACUUUGACCUUGACCUAGUUCAGACUCGACUAAUUCAAGUAGGCUAUUUCUUGGUUAACUAGAUUUGUACAUGUCGUGAAACAGCAAAUCCACCAAUUCACUUUGAUAGGUUGCUGCCUAUGACUGUCCCCAAUCCCCCUUUAUCAUCAAACUUCAUGUUAACCUUGACCUUGAUCUCAUUUUGACAUAACAUCAUUUGGACAUAAUUCAAUUUAUCCUUAUGUGAUAUUUUAAGUAAAUUGUUCUGUUUGGUCUGGAAUCAAUGCUGCUUGAUACAACUGAUUGAUACUUAACACAGUGGUUACAUAUGACUACUCCCUACUCACCCACAUAACCUGACCUUUACUUUGAACUUCACCAUGUUUAAGAAAUUAGCAUUGCUGCAUCAACGGGUGUUUGUCUUAUUUUGUUUUCGUCCCAUUAUCAUUGAUCUUCAUUUGUCAAAAUUGUUACUGCAGUUACAUUUGCCAUUUUUUGAUGAUAUAUUGUACUCGUGAUAUGUUUUUGCAAUUAAUGGAGUGUUUUGUUAUCAUGAUUAAUAAAUGCUUGUAUUGUUUAAACAUCAAUUAAACUAAGUGCAUGAAUUGCUGCAAAUCAAUCUCAUCUGUAUUUUUCUUUAGAACUUUUGGUUAUGAGUUGUCACAAAUUAUGCAUUAACUUCUUUAUGUUUUAUUUUAUUAUACAUUUUGUUGAAUGUAAAUUAAAUUAUUGCUGUUGUGCAUGUAUAACAAAACUCUUCUGUUGUUUUAUGUAACUAAACACACUGUAAAAACCAGAAAGAGCAUGUUUUCCAUGUUAAUGUGUCAGAUAUGGUUAUUGUUUCCUAUGCUUAUUAAGGUUAAAAUGCUUCACUUCAGCCGCAUCAGUUAAAUAAAAUAUUGUAAGUUUUGUGAGGGUUUCAAUGUGGCUAUUAUUUUGUGAAAAAAAAAUCAUGUAUUACACUUGUUAACUUUGUUUAAUAUGAAUUACGUCAGAAAUCAGAUUUUAGAACAGCGGUUUGGGUUUGUUCAUAUAUAAUCAAGUAAGUUCAAGGUUCCAUUUCGUAUAAAAAAAUAUAAUUCAUUUGUAAGUAUAAUUUUGACCGUUAAAUGGAAUUGUUUUGAAUGGUUGAUUGCAUGUCGGGUGUAUGAUUAAAUUGAAGUAUGUUAGAGCGUUAUUCUUUGCGUGACUUGUAUGUGCGUUAUAUAGAUAACGAAAAUGUGACUUAUUUUCAUGUACAGUAUGACUUUGA